AUGGUGGUGCCGGUUGGGCUUCGCCAGACUGGAGAACGGAGGGAAGGGGCCGGCGCUCUGAGAGGUACACUGGAAAAUGUAGGGAGUGGACUUCGAGAUGAUAUGCUGGUUAUUCUUUUGAGAGGGGUUGAUAUAGUAUUGGGGAUCCAUUGGCUAAUCACAUUGGGGGAUAUAAGGUGGAACUUUAGUCAGUUGAAAAUGGAAUUUCAUAUGGGAACUAAAAAGAUAUACUUAAGAGGCAGUCAACCCGGUUCACUUAAGGUAAUAGCAGAUGUCAAGAUGCAGAAGAUAUUGAAUAAGCCGGGACAAAUAAACUUGAUGUCCAUGGAUUUUGUUCAGACCAUUAAAGAGGAUGAAGGGCAAAAAUUGGAAGCAAAAAUGCCAGAGGAAGUACAAACACUACAGUUUGUGAAGAAUUAUGGGAUGUUGGCCAGACCUUUAACUGAACUUUUAAAGAAGGACAAGUUGGAGUGGUCUGAUUACGUUACUGCUGUAUUUAAAGCUCUCAAACUGGCAAUAAGUACUACCCCUGUACUGGCCUUACCUGAUUUUUUAAAAGAGUUUGUAGUGGAGAUGGAUGCUUCUGGAUGUAGGAUCGGUGCUGUUCUUAUGCAAGACAGUCACCCCUUGGCUUAUAUGAGCAAGUCCUUGAGUGAUGCUUAUUUGUCCUUGCCAGUUUAUAAAAAGAGAUGCUUGCAAUUGUGA